CUAGAACACAACGGAACCGGUCUUCGGCUGCGUUUGCACAGCUGUUCGCAGACGAUCGCUUGCACCAGUUUCCCAGACUCUCUGUUGCCUUCAUAUCAUGUUUUUCACUUUAUUUGGCUACACAUCGACAUUUAGAAAGGUCUUUCGUUGAUCAUCCCCUUUUGGAACAGACAUGCCAGGUGGGGGUGACGAGCUGGGGGGGCAUCCCGCCUCAGCAGCAACAGUCCAGGAGUGCGCCACUUUGAAUCUGAAAGGCUCAGACGCGACAAAGGCGCCGAAUUUCCGCUUCGGCAUCAAACAAACGACAGACGAGACAAAUGCUGCAAAAAAGCUCAUCUUUCCCCAAGAUGCCCCGUCAAACUCUGAACAGGAUGAGAGACUCUACCAGAAAACUCAUCGUGACUAUCCACCCGGACAGCAAGUCGACCGCCACUACGAGGUGAAGCACAUUGACCUCCGUGACUUCCGCUUCGGGAAGUCCUACGCGAAGGAAGUUGAGGGGGUUAAAGAGUGCCUAUCUGGAAGUAGGGACGCCGGAGGGUCGACGGAUGAGUCUUCCAAAGCCGUUGAAGACUACCGUCGGAUCUGCUAUCCAGAAGUAGGCAAGACUGCCCUGUCGGUGGCGGGGAACCCGGAUGUUCCCAUAGACUUUGCCUUCGGGCUGGUAACUCACCGCGAUCCUGCAACUGUCGAGGAGUGUCUCCAGGGAUCCUACUCUUUAGCUGAGCAGCAGCCUGAUGCCGACCUCGGCAGAUCCCGCGCUUUUCGCGCUUUAACAAAAGGCUUCUUCUUGCAAGACGGUUCCGCAAGUCUCAGCGCGGAUGGUAUUCCGCCUUCGAAGCUGUCAUCUGCGUUUCAGCGAUUCCUGUCAAACCCAGCAUUUCAAACUCAGUCCGAAAGACGGUUUGGAGUCCCCAGUAUUCGCACGGAUAUUGCACCUCCCAAAAAGAGACGAAUUGAUGACUGCGUCAACUACGAUGAUGAACUCUCCGUCGGGCAGCUGUUGACCCCAGCGCCAUUUGAGGCUUGGGGCGUUUCAGACGAAGCCUUUCUUAUUCCGCGACCCCGAGACAAGCUUCUCGAUCUCGUCCGGAACUCUGUCGGGCUUUCCUACGCUGACAGGCCCAUGCUGGAGCAAGCGGUUGACAUUGCCUUGGGAAGAAAGGCGACAGAACAUCCGACGACCCAGGACGGGAGUACACAGCAAGUUAUGGCUUCCUUCAUGGACGUACUGAACGUUUUCACAAGAAUGCUCGACGAACGAAUUGCACAAGAGACUUGUAGCUUAACCCAAACUGAUCGCUUGAGGCUCUUCUGAGUUUCUGAACAGGGUUUUCGUAAGGGAAGCAAGGCACACAGAAUAAUCAGUUCACGG